CCUGGUCCAGUUCUGGUCCAGUUCUGGUCCAUGUUGUUUCUGGACCAGGUAGUCUGCAGCCGCCUGCUUCUGAUGAUCCGGACUGAACUGGAUCAGAGGCCCGGUUUAGGACCAGGUCCACACCUGUUCUGGUUCAGACUGUCUCUGCAGGUCAAAGGUCAUGGCUCUCAUCUCUCUGGAAGACCUCGAUGGACUGGACGAUGACAUCACUGAUGACAUCACGGAAAAUCCUGAGCCAAUAGGAGAGGAGGACAGUGACCACCUGUUGGCUCAUUGGCAAGCGGUGGCCAGCACACACCAGGUGUCUGUCCCUCCAGAGAUGACCGGACCAAUACAUGAAAUGACACACAACAGACAACAGAGGGAGCCCCUCCCCCACACACCUAUAUCGCGACAUGAGAAGAUGGGGGAGGAGCUUUUUGAGGAGCGGGUAUAUGCAGCGGGUCACUGGGCGUGUGUCACUAGGGGGGAGGAGCUUUAUGAACAGAGCAUCUCCAUUGGCUUCAUGAAACUGAUGCGUUUCAUCUGUAAAGAGAACUCCACAGGUCAAUAUCUGGGGAUGACGGUGCCUGUGCUCAGUACAGUCCCCCUGAUGGACAACGGCGUUACGUUUGACAAAAACAUCCAGACAUCGUUUUUCCUGCCCACUGAGUUUCAGACCAACGUGCCCCGCCCCUCCGACCCUGACAUCGCCAUCGUUUACAGAGAGCCAAUCAGAGUGGUCUCCAGGACGUUCCUGGGGACGACUACAGAGGAGACGGUGACGCAUCAGAUUCGUCAGCUGUGGGAAAUCCUGGGCGCCCGCGAUGACCUUCACACAGAUCACUACAUGCUGGCGGUGUACGAGAAUCCCGGUGUGCCGCACCGCAGGAACGAGAUCUGGUUCAUUGGACGCCAGCUGUAAAUGCCAUCCCAUCAUCCUCUGCUCCCUCUUCUCUCAUUGACUGGUUGUUUGCGAUCUCACUUCCUGUAGCUGAGUCAGAUUUCUUUUAUUUAUUUUUGUCUGAGGGACCAAUCACAGCGAGGGUUAGGGUUCACUUUUCUGCUCUCAAACACGAAGUAAGCAACGUUUUAGCAUCAAUGUAACGGAAGUGUCAUCACUUUCAUCUUUAUCUCACUCCGUCUGUCAUGGUUAAAUCAAAUUAUAGUUGUUGUAGUGCCUCCAUGAGUGACAGAAA